AUGGCAAAGAACAAACCCGAUGCGAGCGAAUUGGCGGCAAAAGAAAAUAGAAAGAGGAUUGCUAUAGAUGAAGCAGCUAUUAGUAAUAGAACUAGAUUGCCAUCAUUACAACGAUUCAGGUGGAGAGUUGAUGUAGCAAUAUCAACAAGCGUUUUAAAUAGAGUAUUAGAACCAAGCGUUAUGAUGGAAAUGACUUUGAGUGAUGGUACUAUUCAUAAUUUUGAGGUACCUGUGUCAAAAUUCCAUGAAUUACGAUACAAUGUUGCAUCUGUCAUUAAAGAAAUGGAAGAUCUUGAAAAAAGAAGUAUACUCAAGAUUCAAGAUUGA